AUGUCAGUGCAGCAUCCCACUACUGCGUGGGAGGCAAAUCAAGAUGGCACAUCGCGACAGGAGGUCUACGCGAUGCAAUGGAGCGUUGCAUCGCUCUCCGAUUUCAUCGUCGCUGGUGCGAAACGUGGUGGACCGAUAGCACUUCGCCGAAAUGAGUCAGUUACUGUGCAAUAUGCGCAACAUACCACAUCCAAGCCCCAAGUACAGGUGUUCUCCUCUUCUGGGGCGCUGCUUAUCACAAUACCGUGGGAGCUAGGCAAAAUAGUGAAAAUGGGUUGGUCAUAUGAUGAACAACUCGUCAUACUCAACGAAGACGGUGUUUACCGGGUGUACGAUCUCCAAGGAGAAUACUCUCAGAAUUCCCUGGGACAAGAAGCACAAGAUUCAGGAGUCGUCGACGCUGUUAUUCAUGACUUUGGGAUGGUGGCACUUACUGGUAAUUUGGGUUUUAUGGAAGUGAAAGGUUGGGAGGGUAGUAGACCAGUGUCAUUGGCCUCCACAGCUCUGUCGCAGCCACCGCUGUGUUGGGACAUUGUUCCCCCCGAUCAAAGUCUCAAUUGUCAUGUCGAAGUAUUGCUCCCAUAUGAAAAUACUAUACUGAGUGUUGAUAGCUUGGAAAGCAUUGACCAACAAAUUCCCAGGGGACCUUUUCAACACAUAGUCAUUUCCCCAAGUGGAAAGGCCAUCGCUCUAUUGACUGGCUCCGGGACUCUUUGGGUCGUAUCAUCAAAUUUUCAGGAGAGUUAUACCGAGUAUGAUACAACGACUGAAGGAAUGCAAGGCCCGCCGCAACAACUUAUGACAGUGGUUAUGGUUGGUCCUUUCGGGACUAUACAUUACACCUCGCCAACACAUCUCAUUUCGGAGAUCGACGGCGUCCGGAUAAUCAGCAGCGAUAGGUGUGAUUUUUUGCAGAAGGUGCCCCGGCCAUCAGAGAUGGUCUUUAAACCUGAAUCUACUUCUGCGGCCGCAAUUCUUUUUGACGCACUUGAACUAUUUGAGAAAAAGUCCCCGAGAUCGGAUGAAAUUAUUCGAAGUAUACGACCAGAGCUUGCCGGGGCCGUUGAUACAUGCAUUGCAGCAGCAGGGCACGAGUUUGAGCCAUAUUGGCAAAAGCGCUUGUUGAAUGCUGCAUUGUAUGGUCGUGCUUUCCUCGAUCUCUACAACCCAACAGAUCUCGUGGAGAUGGGUCAAGCGCUUAAAGUGUUGAACGCUGUUCGUUAUUUCGAAAUCGGCAUACCCAUCACUUAUACCCAGUAUGCUCUUAUCUCCACGUACAUCCAAGCUUCCCCUCACCAUCUCAUCAACCGCCUCACCACACGCAAUCUCCACCUCCUUGCGCUUCGGAUAUCUAUGUAUAUCAAGCUUAAACCUGACGUCGUACUUCGACAUUGGGCGUCUGCCAAGAUCUCGCAAUCGAGAGCGGAGAUCGACGAAGAAACAAAACGGGCGAAGAAUGACGAUGAAGAAGUCUGUAGGUUGAUUGUUGCUAAGUUCGAGGCUCUUGGACCGGAGGCGUCCCAGGGUGUGAGUUACUCUGAAAUCGCGAAGAAAGCUUGGAGUGCUGGAAGGAGUCGUCUGGCUACGAUGCUUUUGGAUCAUGAACCGAGGGCAGGAGACCAAGUCCCGUUGUUACUUACGAUGAAUGAAGGCCAGCUGGCCCUCACUAAAGCGGUUGACAGCGGAGACACCGAUCUGGUUUAUUAUGUAUUACUUCACCUCAAACCUCGCCUAAAUCUGGGGGACUUCUUCCGAUUGAUAGAGGAAGGCGGCCCAAAGCUGAAACUGGCGGCAGAUUUACUUCAGGUUUGCGCCCGGCAACAGAACAGAGAACUAUUGAGAAUUCUGGGCCUAGCAGCGAAGAUUGAGAAUAUCAAAAUUGCGGCUAAAUUUUUCUCGGAGGAUAAACAAAGGACUUUUGAAGCCAAAACCAUCCGAGCAUGCAUUGUCGCGGGUCUUCACAAAAAAGUGGAACGAUUGCGAAACGACUUCAAGGUGCCUGACAAAAGAUUCGUCCGAGUAUGGUGGUAUACCAAACUUCACGCUUUGGUGGAUGUCAAAGAUUUUGACGGGCUGGAUGCAUUCGCCAAAUCGAAGCGUAGCCCCAUUGGUUACGAGCCUUUCGUCGAGUAUCUCGUGAGUCAGGGAUACCCAAAGCAAGCAGCAUCCUUUGUCCCCAAGUGCGACUCUAAGUUACGGGUGGAUCUAUACGUCAAAUGCAAUGAGUGGAAGAUGGCGGCUCAAGAGUGCAAAGAACGAGGGGAAAAGGCAAAACUUCAGGAACUGAAACACUUGAGUCCGAAUAACGUCGUAGCCAGGGAACUUGAUGGGGUGCUUCUAACUAUGGGUUGA